GAAGCUUAUGAAAGCAAAGAACUUUGUUACCAUCUCCAUAAAGCAAACCCACCACCUCCUCCUAAUACCUUUCCUCUCUUUUAUCCCACUGUCUUCUUUCUCACUAAGUUUAGCAUCCCUGUCUCCUUCUUCACUAAGAUAAUAGGAUCCAUCCUUCUACAUAUUAAGAAACAUCAUAACAGUCUGUUUAUCUAUUUCAAGGGAAGUCUCAAGUUUCCAUACCUCCAUUCCAUUUUGGGGAGGGAGAGAGAGAGAGAGAAACAGACAGACAGACAGAGACAGAGACCGAGAGAGAGAGAAACAGACAGACAGAGACCGAGAGAGAGAGAGAGACGGACAGAGACUGAGACAUAGAGAGAUGGGUGCUGAUUGGGGACCAGUCAUUGUUGCCGUGGUCUUGUUCAUCCUCCUUUCGCCAGGGCUGCUAUUCCAAUUACCAGCAAGAACUAGGGUAAUGGAGUUCGGAAACAUGAUGACAAGUGGGAUUGCUAUUCUGGUUCAUGCCGUCAUAUACUUCUGCAUACUGACCAUCUUGAUCAUAGCAAUUGGUAUUCACAUACAUGUCAACUAAUCCAUAUCAUUUUCAGCCACCACCCAGAGUGGUGUUUGCUCUUUUCUUUUAAUUUUUUUCUGAAGUGAUUCUUCCUCUUUCUACUACUGUGCUCCUUCUUUAAUGUUGUCCUGCUACCUGAUUGGUUUAGUUCACUUCACACUCGGCAUUGACACAUUGUAAAGGAGCAUCUCAAUGAAUUGGUUCAUAGCAUCAA